GUCAUAAUUUCGAAAAAUGGCGUCUGCUGCCAAAAGUAAAGGAAGAAAAUCACCCAUACCAAAGAAGACAAAUAUCUCACAGCUUGACCAAUCACAAGAUGAGGGCCAACCUAGAAAACUGGGAGAAAAAGGAAGUCCUGACCUUCCAUCCAUCAAUGAACGUCUAGGCCAUUUAAGACCUUCUAGAGAGCUUUUAGAAUAUUACAGAAAGAAAAUAGCUGAAUAUGAUGAAGAGCAUGACCACAUGGUCAGCAAAUUAGAGGAAUAUAAAAUAACUUAUGAAGAACAGCAUAAACUACAAUGGGAAUUAAGACAGAGAGAGGAGGAGAUUGUAGAAUUACAAAAGGCUCUUAGUGAUAUGCAGAUUUAUUUAUUCCAAGAAAGAGAACAUGUAUUGAGACUAUAUUCAGAAAAUGACAGAUUAAAGAUCAGAGAGUUAGAAGACAAAAAGAAAAUACAACAGUUACUUAGUUUAAGUGGAACAACAGAAAGUGAAAUCACCUAUUUUAUGAAGGAACCACCAGCUAAGGCUAUUGUAGAACAGAAAAAGAGACCUAAAACAGCUCCUAAUAAUAACCUCAGAAAUGGCAUGAAGAAAAAACAGCUUCCAGUAUCAGAUAGACGUCAGUCCAUGUCACCUAAUCCAGAAGAAAAGUACAGACAUGACAAUGAAGUGUUAGUAUUACAGGUAGAAGCUCUGCAGGCACAGCUUCAGGAACAGACAAAAGUAGCCAAGGAACAAGUAGAGGCUUUAAUGGAAGACAGAAGGGUGAAAGAAGAGGAGCUGGAAACUCGUAGACAGAGAGAUGAAGCUAAAAUACACACACUUACUGAAAAAUUACACAAAACACAGGAUUUAUUAUAUGAAAGUACAAAAGACUUUUUAGAAUUAAGAUAUCAAGGUCGUGCCAAUGAGAGACAAUGGAUGGCAGAGAAGGACAGAUUACUUAGAGAACUAGAUAGUGCUAAAGAUAAAGGGAAUGGUCAAGACUCAUUGCUAAACAUGUCUGUUGCUACUGAGGCAAGAGCUCACUACGCAGAAGAAGUCAAGACAUUAGAUUAUCAAUUACAACAGGCACAGAAGCUAGCAGAGAUGUAUCGAGAGCAAGUGAUCCAGUUAGAGGAUGAAUUGUCGCGGAUCAGGGAAGAAGGGGAUGUCACCCGAGAAAUAUUUAAGGGAAGAAGUGACAAGAUGACUACGAGACUAACUAUGAUGAACCAGCGAUAUCAAGACUUAGAAAGAAGAAGGAACUUAGAGGUUGAAGGAUUUAAAAAUGAUAUUAAAAAUCUCAGAUCUAGAUUAAAGGAUGUUGAAAGGCAGCUUUAUAAGGUUACUAUGGGAUUUGCUGAGGAUAUGGAUGUACAGAAACCAGGUGAUAUUGACAUGCAAAUAUUACGAAAUGUACAUGCUACAGCUGGAAGAUCAAAGAAAAUGGUAGGAGAACUGAAAAACUUAAAAUCUAAAAUGUAUGGACUGGAAAAUGAUCUGAAACAUUUAUGAGACUAAGGAAAAAGGGAGGAUUUAUAUUUGAAAUUUGCAUUUGUACUGAAGACAAUACAAUCAGGACUUAAUUGUGUUAAAACCUGAUCAAGAUCUGCUGAAAAGAAAUCUCCUAGUACAUUGAUUGCCCCUUUGACAGGUCAAAGGUCAAAUAUGCAUGAAAAUUGACAUGAGAAUGAAAGAAUGAAAAUAAUGGAACAGAUUUUGAUGAAUGUUUCUGACAGUCAAAAUUGUGAAACAUGUAGUCAGAAUAUAUAACUUAGAAGCUGUGAUAUUAAUUUAACUGGGCUGAAUAAUCUAUAAAUGUUAUGCAUCUGAUACUGAUCAUUUAUCAUAUACAAUCCCAAGCAAGAAAGGUUGAUUAUUGGACAUACUGGAAUAGAGAAAAAGAGAUGGAAAUGCAUAAGAGAAAAAUGAUGUAUUGAAAAAUAUAUACCAUUACACUUUUUUUGAAAAUUUAAAUGUUAUUUUUUGCAAAUUUUUUUAAAAUAUAUCACUUGAAAGUAAAGAGGAAAAAUAUUUUUAUGCAAAUGUAAAUUAAUUUAUUGAGAAAAUAUUUUACUUUAUAAAUAACUUUGUUUUAGACAUACAUAUAUGUAAAAUGUUAGUUUGACUACAUUAAAAUAUUACCCAUGUAUUAUUAGAACAUAUAUAUAAUAAUUUUGAGUAAUAAAUGGCUAGAUUUUGAUUUUAUUCUGCCAUGCACAUUUGAAGAAAGGUAGUCAAUAGUAUUUAUCUAAAACAUAAUUUUAGUGUUAAAAUAGGAAAUAACAGAGGUCAGAUUGUACCUAUGAAGUUCUGCCAAAUUCUAUUUUUAUAGUAAGAAAGCCCAUUGUUUCAUGAUAUAUGUUUUGUAUAAAUAUUUAUAUUUAAUAAAAUUUAUUAACACUGAAA